AUGUCGUACCAAGCAGCUGCUAGCGGACCAUCGCCAACUCAAGAUCAGGACACCAAUUCCCGGUCUCGAGCUCUUGAUAAGUUCUUCUAUAGAAUAUUAGAAGGGAAGGGGAAACCUUUUGAGGGGGUUAGGGAUGCACAAAGGUUUCUCGAGUCAAUCGUCAACAGAACUGACGAGCCAGAUUGCAUCGAGAGGUUGGCUUCAUCAAAGGUUGGCCAACAAGCGCUGCACAAGUCUUUGACAAUAGAUACCUCGGUUGAAUUUAUGAACAACCAUGUCUCGAGCCUUUUGAAGUUCCUCGCCGACCCUGCUCUGCAAAGGCUUUGCGAGGGUGAACUCCUCAACCAAGUCCUAUGGGUUAUGGUUGACCCGCCGUUAUUUUGGGACAGUUUGAUCCAAAAUGUCAAAUCCGAACAAAUUGAGCCUCAAGCCCUAGAAGGCUUUGCUUGGCUACUGUUGCAGCUAAUACUGCUACCACAGUCACAAUCAUCCAAGUUUCGAGAGGUUGCAUUGUCACUCUGUCAAGAUGACACUUUCAAGAAGCUCGAAGAAUCGUGCCCUCCGGCAUCAAGAGGCACAUUUCAGAAGGUCAGGGCAUUAGUCCAACCUUCAGAGUCUACCGCGAGCUCCCAUCUAGUCAACAAAUUUAGUCCAGGGGGUCGUCAUGAUAACGACUUCACUAAUUACCAUGACAUAUCAAUCCUUCCUACCCGAGACGAGAUGGAAUCUACCGAGAGACCUUUCUAUACGCAGGCCGCGGUAGCGUUCGAAGAAGGAAACCUAAAUCGAGCGCUCGAUCAUCUUGAUAACCAAUUCCGUCUACUCAGAGAAGACAUGCUUGCCGAUAUGCGUGAAGAUCUCAAGAAUAUGAGAAGCCAAACCAGGAAGAAAAAUUGGAGAAACAUGAUCAUCAAAGAUCUGUUACUGGAGGACAUACACAAAGAGUCAAUGACGAAUGAACGGCCAUGCAAUCUAGUACUCAGAUGCUCCGAGGAUAUCUUGAACAUGAAGAGUGAAAGCAUCGAAAAGAGGAAAAAGGAGUUAAAGAAAUCUCCGGGAUUCCUAAAGCACCAAAGCUUUGGAUGCUUUAUGAAGGAUGAUACCCUCCUGGCAUUUGCAUCUCUAGACAGGAACGAAGAAAAGCUGGCUCUUCAUCCACCUCGUCUCUGCUUACAGGUUGUUGGUGAAAACAUGCUAGCAAACCUUUUGUUAGCCCUACAGAGAGGCACGGUCGAUUUCUUACUUGUUUCAACUCCGAUUUUCGCUUACGAACCAGUUUUGGAGCGACUAAAGCGAAAGACUGAUAUUGAACUCGACCACGAUAUCCUAGUUCGUUCCAAGGAACCACAAGAGUCGCCGGUUAAGCCACAGGAAGUCAUCGAUGCUCUGCAAAGGUCUUUAUCUUCCCCGACCGAUUUGCAGGACCUGAUCAAGACAACCAAAAGCAUUAAUCUUGAUCCAUCGCAAGUCAAAGCCCUCAUAUAUGGUUUGCAGUGUCAAACAUGCCAGAUACAAGGUCCACCAGGAACUGGAAAGUCUUUAGUUGGUGCUCUCCUAACGAAGAUAUUACUGGAUGAAACACAGGAGACGUUGCUAGUACUAUCAUUUACAAACCACGCUCUGGACCAAUUCAUCGAGGACUUGCUCGAUAUUGGGAUCAACUCAAAUUACAUUGUCCGACUCGGAUCAAAGUUCACUGAUCGAACUGAAGCACUCACCCUGAAAAAUCAGACGUCUGGCUACGUUAAAGUAUCGAGAACUCGGUAUGACCUAAUUGCCUCUGAGAAAGGAAAGCUGCAAUCAUUAGCCGAAGGAGUAGAAAAGCAUUUCGCUACCUUUGCGCAGCCUCGCAUAUCUUAUAACGAUUUGUUAGAAUUCAUAGAGUUCUCAGAUACGGAAAGCCACUUCUUUGAUGCGCUGGAGGUCCCAAAAGUAGCAGAUGGCGAAACCCGUGUUGGGAAAAAGGGUGCCUCAAUGCAGCCUUAUUAUCUCUUUGAUCUCUGGGCAAAAGGAAAACCACCGGGUCCCUUUGGCAAGGAAAAGUCAGAUGCCUCGAGUAAGGAGGUAUGGGGUAUGAAGAAGCAAGAUCGUCAUGCGAAGAUACAGGAGUGGGAGGAUGAGAUUCGCCGAGAAAGGAUUUCCACACUCUCCAAGUGGAUUACUGAUUUCAACAAGACCUACAAGACUCUACAGAGCCUGCGGAAGGAGAGAACGGAGCAAACUCUCCGAAGUAAGCGUAUUAUCUGCUGCACUACUACGGCAGCUUCCAUGUACGCGCAAGAGAUACAGGCUGCUGCGCCUGGGAUUAUCAUAGUUGAGGAAGCGGGAGAAAUUCUAGAAAGCCAUAUCCUUGCGGCUAUGGGUCCUAGCACGAAACAACUCGUCCAAAUCGGUGAUCACAAGCAGCUUCGACCAAAAGUAAAGAACUUUAAGCUCACUGUAGAAGCUGGACAUGGGUACGAUCUCAAUCGGUCGCUGUUUGAGCGGCUUAUACUUCAGGGGCAGCCUCACUGUACGCUGCUGAACCAGCACAGAAUGAGGCCGGAAAUUUCAGCACUGAUAAGACAUAAUUAUCCUGACCUCCAAGAUGCAAAAGAUACGCAAAAUCGGCCGGAACUAUUGGGAUUCCAAGGUAAUGUCGUCUUUGUCAAUCACCGUUACCUUGAAGCGAGACAUAAUGUCCUUGUCGACAAGCUUGAUCCGACUGCUGGGGCAAGUAAGCAGAACAUUUUCGAAGCAGACAUGGUCUUAAAGUGUGUUCGCUACCUGGGUCAACAGAACUAUAAGACUUCAAAUAUAGUAGUUUUAACCCCAUAUCUAGGUCAACUAUCAUUACUUCGAAACAAACUCGGCAAGGACCAUGAUCCGAUUUUGAACGACCUGGACUCACAUGAUCUCGUUGAAUCCGGGGAAAUGCCAGCCGAAAGUGCGGAAGUGAACAAGAAGCAAAUCCGCCUCUCCACUAUUGACAACUACCAGGGCGAAGAGAGCGACAUUGUCGUCGCCUCAUUAACUCGCAGUAAUGAUGAUGGGGACAUUGGAUUCAUGUGUGCCCCAGAACGACUUAACGUGCUUGUUUCCAGAGCUCGAAAUGCAUUAAUCAUGAUUGGUAAUACGAGUACAUUCAUGAACGCUAAGAAGGGAAAAGACGAGUGGAUAAGGUUGUUUGAUCAUUUGAAAAAGGAUGGGAGAAUCCAUAAUGGAUUUCCCCUCAAGUGUGAAAAACACCCAGACACAAAACAUAUUGUUCGCUCACCUGACGAUUUCGAGCUUUAUUGCCCUGAUGGAGGAUGUACUUUGCCAUGCAAUGAAAUGUUAUCCUGUGGUAAGCAUACAUGCUCAAGGCGAUGCCACAUACGAGUCGAUCAUUCGAAAAUGCCUUGCGACGCGAUCAUCACCGAUGUUUGUUCGCAGAAGCAUAAACUUACAUGGAAUUGUUUCAAUAAAACUCCACCCGCUUGCCAGACUUGCCGUCGAGAGAAGGAAGAAAAGAUCCGCAAAGCCCGUAGAGAUAAGGAGCUCGAACAGGAGCGACAGGCGAAGCAGCUCGCUUACGCUAAGCUUCUGAAAUCCCUCCAAGAUGAUAUAGAGAAGCAGAGGAAGAUUAUUAAAGAUGCCCAGGAGGAAAGGAUAAAGGAGCAGACUUUGCAACAGCACCGCAUCGAACUUGCAGAGUUGACAAAACAGGCUCGGAAACCUGUUGUUACAAAUAACAGUCCCCCACCGGAUACCAAAGCUAAGCAGCAAACACCUAAGGGGACAGCCAAGCCUAGUAAAGAUGGAAACCAGACCUCUUCACAGGAGAAACCAUCCGCCAACAAUAUGCCAGGUCAAUGGCCUGCUGAGAAUCCAUCUACUUCAAGCACGGAACCCGAAAAUGGCAAUAAAACUGAAGAUUGUAACAGCAACGGUCAUGGCAAUAGCCACAAUGUUAAUAACAAAGAUGGCAAAGAUGGCAAAGAUGGCAGUAGCAACCACGAUGAUACUCCUGAUGAUAGUUCUAAUGACAGUACGCCGGGUACCCCUCAAGGCAAGCCUUUUCCGUCUAGAGGCCCUUCAGGAGCCGAAACAGAUUGGCAGUAUCAGAAAAAGUAUGAAAAUGCCUUCAACGAAGCCCUCGACUCUCUAUUCAAGAUGAUCGGGCUAGAGACUGUGAAGAAGGAAUUCCUAGCAAUCAAGGCACGGAUUGAUACGGCUGUUCGUCAGGGAGUAGACACUAAGGAUGAAAGAUUCGGAGCUGCCCUACUCGGAAACCCUGGGACCGGCAAAACGACAGUUGCCAGGCUAUAUGCCAAGUUCUUGUCUUCCGUUGGAGCGAUCUCUGGCAACCAUUUUGAGGAGACUACCGGUUCGCGAUUGGCUAAUGAUGGGAUACAAGGUUGCCAAGCCUUGAUAGACAAGAUCCUCGAAAAGGGGGGCGGGGUAUUUUUUCUAGACGAGGCAUACCAAAUUGUGUCUGGGAGCUCCACCGGUGGCCCUCAGGUGCUCGACUUCCUCCUUGCGGAGAUAGAGAAUCUCAGAGGCAAGGUUGUGUUCGUUUUCGCCGGAUACCGGAAACAGAUGGAAGGCUUCUUCGCGCACAACCCGGGAAUUCCUAGUCGUAUUCCCAUCGAGAUGAACUUUCAGGAUUACGAAGAUGACGAGCUUCUCGAGAUCAUGAAAUACCAGCUGACAAAGAAGUACGACAGCCGCAUGCAGGUCGAGGGCAAACCUGAUGGAUUGUAUAUGCGGGUUGUGGCGCGGCGUAUUGGCCGCGGUCGAGGGAGGGAAGGGUUCGGCAACGCUCGGCAGGUAGAGAACGUACUGGCAAUUAUCCUCAAAAGGCAAGCGGACCGCCUGCACGACGAGAGGCGACAGGGAAAACAACCGAAUGACUUGCUACUUCGGAAUAUUGACCUUGUAGGUCCAGAACCCAGCAAGCAAUUCUCCAACAAUAAGGACUGGCAGAAGCUCCAAAACAUGAUAGGCUUGGAUUCAGUCAAGCAGUCAGUUAUGGUCCUCGUCGAUCGCCUACAGAUGAAUUACGAGCGAGAAAUGAAGGAGCAGCCCCCCGUUGAAUGUUCCCUGAAUAAGGUAUUUUUCGGGAAUCCAGGAACGGGAAAGACGACUGUUGCGAAGCUUUACGGCAAGAUAUUGAAAGCACUGGGCCUCUUAAGCAACGGAGAAGUCAUUAUCAAGAACCCAUCCGACUUUGUUGGGGCGUACCUCGGCCACUCCGAAAAGAACACCAAAGCUAUCCUCGAAUCUACGAAGGGGAAAGUUCUUAUUAUCGACGAAGCCUAUAUGCUCGCUGGUGGAAGCUCGGGCGUUGGGGGUACAGGUGAUCCGUUUAAGACAGCAGUCGUGGAUACCAUCGUCGCCGAAGUCCAGAGUACUGCCCUUGAGGACCGAUGUGUUCUACUGCUCGGUUACAAGGAACUAAUGGAGGAUAUGUUCCAGAAGGUCAAUCCGGGAUUAUCACGACGGUUCCCCAUGUCAUCUGGCUUCAAUUUCCAGGAUUAUGAUGACAAUCAACUUCGACAUAUACUCGAUCUCAAAUUGAGCCAACAGGGAUUCAGAGCGGGAGAGCUUGCAAAGAAGGUCGUUAUCGAGGUUCUCCGACGUGCCCGUAACAGACCUAAUUUUGGUAAUGCCGGCGAAGUUGACAUCAUCCUCGACCGGGCUAAGGACGCCCAACAGAAGCGUCUGUCUGAGAAUCCUCAAAAGAAAAAUACCGACGUACUGCUUCCUGAAGAUAUUGACCCCGAGUUCGACCGAGGCGAGCGUGCCGCGACCAAUAUUCGCAUGCUCUUCAAAGAUGUUAUCGGGUGCGAAGAAAUCAUCGAGCAGCUAGAAGGCUACCAGCAAGUCGUCAAGAACAUGAAAGCCAUGGAUAUGGAUCCCACUUCGCAGAUUCCUUUUGGAUUUCUCUUCCGUGGACCACCAGGAACCGGUAAGACUACGACGGCUAGAAGGAUGGGUAAGGUAUAUUACGACAUGGGUUUCCUUGCGGAUGCCACUGUGGUGGACUGCUCAGCAACAGAUCUAAUAGGCCAGUUCGUUGGCCACACCGGCCCCAAGGUCCAGAAGAAGUUUGACGAAGCCCUCGGAAGGGUGCUCUUUAUCGAUGAGGCCUACAGACUUGCCGAAGGUCACUUUGCCAAGGAAGCAAUGGACGAGAUUGUUGAUUGUCUGACCAAGGAAAAAUACCACAAUAAACUUGUAGUCAUUCUCGCCGGCUACGACAAUGAUAUCAAUCGACUGAUGAACCAGAAUCCCGGCUUGACCAGCAGAUUCCCCGAGACAAUCUCCUUCCCCAACCUUCCACCACGUCACUGUCGAGACCUUCUAUUACAAGGCCUACAGAAGAAGAAACUAGACACGAAGGACCUAGAGGUAUCACCUACCUUGGACACGAAACUACUGGGUCUAUUUGGAACGCUUACGCAGACACCAUCUUGGGGCAACGCCCGCGACGUACAGACCCUUACCAAGUCUAUCUUCUCCAAGAUCAUGAAGUCCAAAACCCCUAACCCCAACCGCAUGGUGCCCGAGGACAUCGUGAUAGACGUCAUCCAAGGUAUGCUCAAAGAACGCACCGAGCGAGCCAAGGCCACCGAAACCAACAACCCCUUCUCCAUGCCCUUCCCCUCCCCACCGGUCCAACUAGCAACCCUGGAUCCCCCACCACCACCCAAGAUCGCGACCGCGACGGACACAGUUGCGGAGGAAAAAGUCGACAAGAAGGAAAAAGAAGAAGAACCGCCUAAGAAAGACAAGGACGGAUCCGGUGGCGGCGGCGGUGGAAAAGCCAGCAUUCGGGACGCGGGCGUCUCGGACGAGGUAUGGGAGCAACUGCAGCGAGACAAAGAGGCGUUCCUCGAGCGGCAACGCGAAGCAGCCAAAGCGAAGCAGGAAGCAGAAGAACUAGAACGACAACUAAAGCUACAAGAAGAGGCGGCGCAGCGGGAGCGGGACGAGGCGAAGAGGCAGGAGGAGCUGCGGAAGCUGAAGGAGGCGCGGCGGAGGCACGAGCUUGCGGAGCAGGAGCGAAAGAAGAAGGAAGAGAGAGUCAGGAAGGAGAAGAUGAUGCAGGAGAAGCUGAUGAGAAUGGGCAGGUGUCCCAUGGGUUUCGCGUGGAUUCCGCAGGUUGGUGGGUAUAGGUGUGCUGGGGGGUCUCAUUUUAUGUCGAAUGAGCAGUUGGGGAUUUAG